AUGGAAAAGCUCAAAGUUUUGAAAUGGGAGGAUGGUGAGAUUGAUGACAAGGAAUGCAUGAGCAAGCGAUUGAGUAAAAGCAAAGACAAAGAGACGUUUCUUGUAUGUGACUCCGAGCCUAUACAAACUAAAAGUUGUGGCAAACGUCUAAAAGCCGAUAUUUUGAUUGUUGCUAUUUUAUCUGGAGUAUUUGGAGCAAAGAUGGAUGAAAAAAAGAACAUGUUUACCUCUUCCCGAAAAUCCACGGUAACAGAAACAGGAAAACCCAAUUGUAGCCGCUGCUUCAUACUUGACGUGGGUACGCUUUCACCUUUCGCUUUUGGUGCCGGAACAGGAAAACAAUGCUCGCAGCACACCUCCCCGCAAGCGCCGGUGGUUCCAGUCUUUCUAACCCCUUCUAGACCAGCCGGCGCCGAAUCCUCCAUCCGAGCUUCACCACAUACCUCGCUCGCCAAGAUAAGGCCCAGCCGCACGCGGUCUCUCCUGGAGCUGCGCGCCGAAUCCUCCGCGCGAGCCGAACCGGGCCUGCCCAGGGAGCAUGUGAACCCGACCGUCGAUGGGGGAUGCUGUGGCAAUUGGUUUGUGCCCUGCAUCUGCAAUCCGACGGGGAAUUUAGGGAUGGGAAGAUUUGAGGGAGUUUGGGACUUCAAUCGUGCGGGGCCGAGGUCGCCGGCCGGAGGCGGCGCCCUUCCAUUGGCUCUGUUCAAUUUUUCAAAGCGUGACACUGCAGUUUUGUUCGGAAACUGCCAGAAAAUUUGCGAGCAGCAAACGGAGGACGGGAAUGGUGGUAGCGACAGCCUUUUGCCGUGA